GCCGUCCGUUUCCCUUCCUCCGCACGAAUCCUGAUGUGAUGGCGCCGCGCCCCGCGCUCUGACGGCGACGACGAGCGCGAUCGCCGCGGAUGGCCGAGGCUAAGGUGCACUACCACGGCCACCGGCGCGCCGCGUCGGCGUCGGCGUCGCCUGCCGCGUCGGUGGAGGAGGAUAGGCGGCUGCGGCGGUCCCCGCCCGUGGAGAUGCGGCGGGAGCGCGAGCGGCGGCGCGAGCGGGAGCAGCCGCGGUGCGGGGAGGUGGCGGGAGGGACGGCGGCCGAGUGCGCGGCCGUGUGCUGCUGCUUCCCGUGCGCCGUCGUCGAGCUCGUCGUCCUCGCCGCGGUGCGCGUGCCCGCCGCGCUUUGCCGCCGCGCCGUCCGCGCGCGUCGCAGGCGCCGGCGAGCCGCGCGUGCCGCCGCAGCCAAGAAGAAGGAGAUGGAGGAGCUCCUCGCCGCCUCCCCCCUGGCGCUGGCGCCGGCCAAGGCCGGCAAGAAGACCGACGCGACGGAGCACUGGCCGGUCACGCCCUCGCACGACGAGCUCGCCGAGGUGGAGAAGGAGGUCUGGGCCAGCUUCCAGGGCGCCGGCUUCUGGCGGAGCCCGUCGCAGCGCGAGGAUAGGAGGUGAUCGCCGCCGUCUUUUGCUGCUUCUUUGGUUUCUUGCACUCGAUCGAUCCAUCACCAACCCAACCCCCAUAGGGAAAAGAUGAACUCUCUUGCGAUUGAUUGAUCAAUCGAUUGCGAAUUGCGACGACUACUGUUCCAUUGCUCGUGUUAUCUUUUUCCAAUUUUUUGUUGGAUGGGAGGAAGAAGGAAGGAAACCAUGCAUGAUUAGGGAAGGGAAGGGAAGACCAAACUACUCUGCUGCUUGAUCGCCUUACGCGCACUCUGUUCGUGUUCGUUUCUUUUUCCUGGUCUAAUUCUACGGGAGAAAGAUCAAAUUUUUCCUGAUGUGAAGUGUAUAUAUACUUACACACGAUCGAUC